GAAAAAUGCCUACUGGAGAUAAACAACCAGAAAAGCAUAAAAAAGAGUCUAUUAUUGAUUUAAACAAAUAUAUCGAUAAAAGAAUCCGUGUCAAAUUUUCAGGUGGACGGGAGGCUGUGGGUAUUUUAAAAGGAUGUGAUAAUUUACAGAAUAUGGUGAUUGAUUGUACUACUGAAUUCCUUCGUGAUCCAGAUGAUCCACAUCGUUUGACUGAAGAUACAAGAGAACUUGGCCUUGUAGUUUGUAGCAGCUCACCUGUUGUGAAAAUUUUGUCCUAUCUAAACAUUCUCAAGUCACUGAUCGGUCGAAAUUUGUGUGCUACCACCGAAUGCUACUAUCUAAAUCAAUCAUUCAGACUAGCCUCCCCCAACGUUCGCACACUAAUGUUGGCAUGUGUUUAUCCGGGGGCUCUUUAAGAUCUAUGUCCUGUUUUCCUGGCAUUUCCCUCCGAACUCUUUUUAAGGAUGGUGGCAACCUUCUGGUUAUGGGAGUUACUGAGUUGCUUACAACCUUUUUUUAAUUAGUGCUCUAGCAUCGUGAAGUGAGUGAAUGUUUGUUCCCAUUUUGAAAAAUGGUACACAUCAUCUACGUUGCAACUACCGGGGGAUGAGUCUACUUUCGAUUGCGUCCAAAUUAUUGGAUCCCGUCAUACUUCGAAACUGUUUAAAACCAGGGGUCCAUCUGUGGAACUUGUCUGUCCUGCAGAUGGAAUGGAGUCUAUACCCAAUCCAUUUAUUCAACAAGAAUGAUUCGUGAAAAGUUACCUAUUUUCUAUGAUAUAUAAAAAUUUGUAAAAUAUUAGCGCCUUCUGUCCUAUUGUGAAUACGUGUCACCUUAGCGCGUGUAUGCUAUUAAUAAAUAAUUUGUAUUAUAUUAGAAAA